CUAAUACGGUUAGGAUGCUACUCUUAAACAAACUCCAGAGAAUCGCUGUGGUAGAACUAGAUUGACUCUCUUGGUCUCCCCUUAUCUCAGACGCCAAAUAACCCCAAAAUCUAGGGUUUUGUUCCAAUCCACUAUCAUUAGCCAAUUGGUUACCAUGUGUGGACAGGGAACAGAGAAAUUAAUCAUCUGAAGGAAUUAGAAGAUAUGCAGUCAAAACCUGUAAGUGCAAAUCAACUGGAACCAGAUCCACGUGUCAUCCAACCAUAUGCAGUUCACUCUGAACCAUGGUGGCGUAGUGUCAGUUGUAAUACCGUGCCUCCAGCUGUGCUGGGGGAAAAUGCAACCAAUUUGUCCUCAUCUAAUGGCCCAAAUGGUUCACUGUCAAAUGAUGAUCAGUCACUGUCAAAUGAAAGACUGAAUGAGGAUGAUGAUGAUGGUGUGAGCAAAGAAUCACAAGCGACUGCAUCUUCACGAUCAGUUGUGAAUAGUGGACAAGAACACAGAAAUAUGCACCAUGUUGCUUCAAGUGUGACUUUGUUGCAUGAUGAGUCCCUGACACAUCCUCCUCAGCUUGAACUUGUUGGUCACUCUAUUGCAUGUGCAUCAAAUCCAUACCAGGAUCCAUAUUACGGUGGAAUGAUGGCAGCUUAUGGGCAUCAACCUUUGAGUUAUCCUCAUGUGAUAGCAAUGCAUCAUCCAAGAAUGCCUUUACCUCAUGAGAUCGCCCAGGAACCUGUUUAUGUAAAUGCCAAACAAUACCAAGGAAUUCUGAGGCGAAGACAGGCACGUGCAAAAGCAGAGGUUGAGAAGAAGCUGAUAAAAGUUAGAAAGCCAUAUCUUCAUGAGUCUCGGCACCAGCAUGCUAUGAGAAGGGCAAGGGGUACUGGAGGACGAUUUGCAAAGAAAACUCAUGCAGAUGCUUCCAAGAACACCACAGAAAGAAAGGUCAAUGAUUCUGGUCCAGUCCCCUCAUCUCAGUCUGGCAGUUCAUCAGGUUCUGAGCCAUUGCCUUCAGAUUCUGCUGAGGUGUGGAUUUUCCCCCGUGGUCAACAAGAGGGAAGAGGAGCACCACAAGUGCAUGGAACUUCUGAAGCUAAAAACCAUGUAAAUGGAGGCACUUUUCACCACAACAUCAAUGGCUUGCAGACCUCAACACAUCAUUCACACUCAGGUGAAAAGGGGGAGGGAGACUGUUCAGGUCAACAACGAGGGAGCAUUUCCUCAAACCAGGCCUCACGGAGGCCACUUUCUAUCCAGUGAACUCCAGUAUGGUAAGUGGAUGCCAAGAUGGAGGAUUCAAUUCACCCUAGUAGAGACAGCUGAAUCCUCUUCUUAUUUGGUAAUCACAUCUCUGGCAAAAUUUUGCUAGGCGGCAAUUCAUUCUUGGCUUUGUUUUGUGUUGCGACUCAAAUGACGGAGGGAAACAAGGGAUGAAAAGGUUGUUGGCAUCUUUUAAGUCAGUCAAUGCCCAUAACACCACCAUCUUUCCCAUUUUCUUUUUUCCUGUGUACAGUAAUGUGUGGAAUAAACGCGAGUAGAAAUAGUCCGGAGGAAUUUUAAAUGGGGAAACAGUUCUUUAGUUUAGUGUAGGAAUUGUGCUCGUCUGACAAUUGUUUAUUUGCUUGAAAUUGGACUGUGGACUUUUUUUUUCUCCUUUCUUUUUGGUUCUAGUGAUGGUCUGGUAUUUCUUAGUCA